AUGCUUCCAUUGAACCACGUUUCCUCUGUCCCCAUGUGCACCGUUCUCCACCCCUUGCAGUCCCACCGCAAGCCCUUUCUCGCUCGCCAUCGCCACCGCUCUGUCUCCAUGACCGCUGCUGAAAUCGCCAGACUUGCUGUUGAAGACCCGGGUUCGAAUCCUGCCGGAGUCAGCCCCAACCGUCACAGCCACCUUCUCCGCAACAGCUCUCCCCACGUCACUCUGGCGGGCAACAGUCCUGCGCGAUCCGUCAAUGCUCCUGCAGCGAAGCAAGGCUAUAAUCGUCCUGUUCGUUGCUCUAGCGCGGAGGGAGAAGGCCCGGUUGAUGGUGGUGGUUAUGAGUAUCAGAGCGGUGCUGCUGCGAAGGGCAUCACUAAUGACUUCGGUGUUGCAGCUGCGAGAAAGGCCCGGAACAAGACAGGAAGGGAGCAGUUGGCUCCCACUAGCCGCCUUGCUCAAUCCUCCUUGUCCGCUGCUGCGAGGGGCGAACACAGGCCACAGCAGAGGAAGCAGUUGCAGCAGCAGCAGGCUAUGUAUGGCCAAAGUUACCGAAAGGGGAAGUUGUUAAUUACCAGAGAGCAGGGGCAAAGAGACGAGGAUGAGGGUGCGAGCGAAGGCGAGGGCAGGGGCGAGUGGGUGGAGGGCGAGGGCGAGUGGGCGGCAGGGGACGCGGAGUGCGUGGAGAGGGACGCGGAUUGGGUGGAGGGGGACGCAGAGUGGGAGGGGGAAACGCCCAAGUAUCCCACAGACCGGUAUCAAGAGUGGGAGGACACGAGACGCUGGGGCCAUGGCCCCAAGCCUGCUGCUUUUGAGGCGCCUCAGAAAACCCCCAAGGAGUUCACAGGCCGGUAUCAAGAGUGGGAGGACGCGAGUCGCUUGGGCCGCGGCCCCAUGCCUGCUGCUUUGGCAGGCCAAGGGCAACCCUCCCAAGUCCACCACCUGCCCUACCUUCAGCAGCGGCAGCAGCAGCAGGAACAACAACAACAGCAGCGCCAUUCCCAGCGUCCAGUGGGGGUCCCCUUGCAUGCUCGCCCCCGUCGCACCAUGUCUGCGCUGCCAGCUGCCGUACUUACCAGCGAAUUCUCCUGGGAGAGUGGCCGCACGGCCGCACUCUCUCGCCUCCGAAACUCCUCUGUGGAGUCCUCGUGCUACCCCGCUCCCUCUCACUCUCACACUCACUCCCACACUCACUCCCAUACUCACUCCCACACUCGCGCCCACUCUCUCUCCGGCCAGCAUUCCCACUUCCGUUCACCCAGCUGUCAUUUACCGUUCAACGGCCAGCAAUUCUCCUCCUCGGAAUCCCCUCGGAAUUUUUCCCCUGCCAACGGCCCAGGAGAUGGGGCUGGAGGGGAAAGAGAAGAGGACGAGGAGGAGGAGGAGGAGGAAGUGGAGGAGGGAGAGACGCAGGGUGCAGUGCAGAGGGAGUGCUUACACGAGUCGGAUCUGUAUGGAAAUGAUGAUGCUAUGGAUGACGUUACGAAUGAGGCCUGGAGAGGGGAGGAAGUGCAGGGGGAGGAACGAGCGAUGAUGCCAGCAGCAGCAACUGCCAUGCUGGACCUCGAGCUGUCUGACUCAGCACAGGAAACUGCCACGGAGGAUGAAUGGGUUGGGCGCGGGCGAGGGCGAGGGGAUGGGGGCCGUGGGGCUGGUUUUGGUUCUACUGGUUCUUUUGGUUCGGGUCGUUUGGGUGGUUCUGGUGCUUCCGGUGGUUCUGGUGCUUCCAGUGGUUCCGGUCGUUUGGAUGGUUUUCAUAGUGGUUUGAAGACGGGAGGAGGGGAGAGGGGAACCCAACAGAGGGAUGUGGUGAAUGGGGAGGUGAGGGAGGAGAGGAGGCUAGGUGAGACGAGAAUGCGAGCAGAGGUGACAGGAGGUCUGAUGAAACGGCUGAUGUAUGAUGGAGAGGGUAUGGAGGAGGAGGAGGAUGUUGGGGAGUGGCACGCGGAGAAGCAGCAGCACCAGAGGCAGCAGCGAGUGCAGCAGAUACAGCACCAGGCACAUGAGCAGCAGCAGGAGGAGGAGGAGGAUGAGGAGGAGGAGCAGGGGCAGCAGCAAAGGAAGCCACAACAGCGAAGGACGCUCCAUGGGAGUCAAGACUCCUCCCACCGAGCCAACAUGCGAGGUACACAGAACACAGGCCAUGCACCAGGCCAGAAGAAGCUGCCCCGCGCACAAGGCCUCAAGCCGGGCCACGUUCGAAGCUUCUCGACGGGCUAUGUCCUUGGGCUGAAGAAGCCAAGCAGUCAUGUGGAGAACAUGGGAGAGGGAAAGAAUGAGGAGGAAGACGAGUUGGACGAUGAGGAAGCUGAAGAAUGGGGCCAAGAAGAAGGUGUGGAGGGGAUUGAAAGCCGUUCCAGAGGAAUUGGCUUCAAAGGCAGAGGCAAUAGAGACGCAAGACCGUUGACCCCUGUGGGGCGAUCAGGUGCAGAUGAGUGGCAACGGGAGGAGCCUUUUGAGUCGACUGGAAUGGGCGUGGAUGAGUGGGAAAGUGACGGUCGAAAGGCCAGACCCUUCCCCCCUGUGACGCGGCAGGGGCAGAAGAAGGAUUUGGAGCAGCAGGAGCGGCAGGAACGGCAGGGGAAGAAAGGAGAAGGUGCCAGGUAUAAAAGCAGACGGGAAGAGGGAGAGGGCAGCAAGGGCGGAGGGGAGAGAGAAGAGAAGGUCCGGGGUAAGGGCUGGCGGAGUAAAAGCGUAGGAGGGGGGUUUGGAGAGGAGAGAGUGUUGGAUGGCUGGGGGCGGCAGGAGGACAGGGAUGGGCGCAAGGUGGGGCAGAGGCGGAAUGAAAUAUGGGAGGUGGAUAAGGAGGAGGUGAGAAUGGCGUGGGAUGCAGUAGGAGUGAUGAUGAGGGGAGAGGUGGAAGGGCGGAGAUGGAAGGGUGUGGGACGAGAGGCGAGGGGAGUCGGGCAGGAGAGGCAGGAGGUAAGGCAUGGAGGGGUAGAUGCGGAUGAUGCUGUUUGUGUGAGUGAGAAGGGAAUGUUAGGAGGUGCUGUAGAUGAUGGGGGUUCUGCUGCAGGGAGUGAGGGGAGUGUGCGGAGUGAGGGGAGUGAGGAGAGCAGCAAGAAUGGAACCAGGAGCACCCCCCUCCCCCUCGCCUCGGUCGUCAUUCCCCCAGAUAUUGCCGACUUUCUCGACACCGACCCCACAGGCAGCCUCAAACGGGCAGGUGAAAGUUUUCACCCGGGGAGAAGCUCGUCCUGCCUUGGGCAGGAGGGGGAGAUGGGAAAGAGAUUGACUGUGAGAGAACGGGCGAUGAGGAAGGGGCUUAUGUCUGGCGCGCUGGCAGAGCUUGGGAAGGGUGGGGAAGACGAUAGAGGGGGCGAUGGAGGAGAUUGGAGGAAGGGGCUUGGGAAUGAAGAGAUCUCUGAGUCGACGAAAAAAAAGAGAGACAAGAAGGGGGCCUUUCCUCGGUCAGAAUCAGAUGACUCUAACUCCGGGUCAAUGGGCUCUGGGAAGGAGGGAGGGGAGGAGAGGGAGGAACAGAGGGAGAGAAGAGGGCAGGGGAAGGAGGGGAAGGAGGGAAAAGAGGCGAGGCAAUGGAAGGAAGGGAAGGACGGGAAGCAGUGGAAGGAGGGGAAGGAGGGGAAGGAGGAAAAGGAGGAAAAGGAGGAAAAGGAGGAAAAGGAGGGGAAAAAAGAACGGUAUCCUCGGUCGGGAUUGACCGAGUAUAGUGAAUGCACAGAGGAACUGGAGGAGGUAGGGCGAGAAGGGCAGGGGAAGGAGGGGAAGGAUAGGAGAGAGGGGAAGGAAAGGAGGAAAGGGUUGUUUCCUCGGGUUGGGUCUCUUGACUGGGAAGAAGGCUCUCGGAAGGAGAGUGGGGCAGUGCUGUCUCUGUUUGGAAAGAUGGCAACUGGUAAGUUCGCGAAAGCUGAGAAGCACUCUGAGAAGCAAUCCUCUCAGUAUGAUUCUCCUCCUCAGCAGCAUCAGCAGAAUCAGCGAGAGCUGGAGGAGGAAGGAGGCAAUGCAUACAAGGUUUCAGAAGACAAGGAGGAGAGGGAGAGGGUUGGGGAGAAGCAGAAGAAGACAGGGACAAAGCAGGGGUUUCUCAAGCGGCCUCUGGCUCUCCUUGGCAAAGGAAAAGCAGCCAAAGGACGGGCUAAAACCCCCCUCCAAGCAGUGUGCCAUUCCUCCGUUGCGCCACACACACUCGCGACGCCGCUGCGCGCCGAUUCGCGCACGCGGAAAGGCGCGGUUUCAACCGUUGCCGUGCCGCGAUCAACGUCGAGGGUAAAGCUCGAUGCUCACGUGGCGAGCCGCGCCCACGUGGGCGUGAAGCAGCUAAUGGGCCAGAGCCUCCGUUCGGCGACGGGAGUGCUGCGAUCACGACACGUGGCGGGAGAGGAUUCGUGCGGAAGACGAGGAGUUGUCGAGAUGGUCAUCCCGUUUCAAAAGGGAGAGGCAACACAGCAGCCGCCACCCGACCUGCCGUCCUACCUCUUCAAGAACCGCAUUGUGUUCCUGGGCAUGUCGCUCGUGCCCUCCGUCACUGAGCUCAUCAUGGCCGAGCUGCUGUACCUGCAGUACGACAGCCCUGAGAAGCCGAUUUACAUGUACAUCAAUUCUACUGGCACUACCAAGGAUGGGGAGAAGCUAGGGUACGAGACAGAGGCCUUUGCCAUCUAUGACACCAUGCGCUACGUGAAGCCACCGAUCUUCACACUCUGCGUGGGCAACGCGUGGGGGGAGGCGGCGCUGCUGCUGUCUGCAGGAUCUAAGGGCAACCGGUCGGCGCUGCCCUCCUCCUCCAUCAUGCUCAAGCAACCCAUUUCCCGGUUCCGCGGGCAGGCCACUGACAUUGAUAUCAUGCGGAAGGAAGUGCGGAAUGUGAAGGGUGAACUGGUGAAAUUGUACUCACGGCACACAGGCAAGUCAGAGGAGACGAUCGAGAAUGACAUCCGGCGUCCCAUGUAUCUCACACCUGACGCUGCAGUGGAAUAUGGGAUCAUAGAUAAGGUUCUCGACACGGAUGCGAAGAACGACAGUGUUGUCGAUUCCCUUCGCAAACGGCAGCUUAUCUAG